CCCGACUCGAUGGCAUACUGAAUCGGAAACCGGCAAGCUCCACAAGACGUUGGUUCUCCUUCGAGGAGCAAGCCGAGGCCCAUGUCUGGACAUGGGCCUCGGUGGGAGAGUUCGUUCCAACGACAUCACUACACUCUCUCUUACCGUACCGCAGCAACAGAUCCUACUAUUCUGCCAUUUUUGCACCAGCUAAAAAAAUCUAGUGAAGUCAGUACGAUGAUGAUGCGACUGCCAUUCGCCACUGCUAUAUAUAAUUCUCUGUUCUUCAACAUUGGCAUUGCCCGUCCACCCGUCCCAACUCCUCGCUCCAUGUCACCGUAACAUUUGACCGAAAGGAACAGAGAUCAGGAAGAGGUGGUGGGCAGUACUAAAGUUGCAGUGCAGUUCCAAUCAAACAGUCCCGUGUUCUUCCCAUCUUGCUUGCUUCUAAAUUUAAUCCCCACUGGGAUGUGGGGACAUUAUAUUAAAUAAGCCCCAUACAACCAUAACCAAAACCAAACAACCCGAGUCUUUGGGACAGUCCCAGAAAAGAAGAAACAAGGAACAAUUCUCUAUCUUCUGUCUUGGGGGAGAAAAGAAAUCACCAUGUCCCCUGGUUCCGAACUUGUCGGCGACCAGAGCAACAACAACGGAGCAGUUGCUUUCUUGGUUCCGUCCCCUCCUCCUGUUCUCUCGCCGUCUUCGCCCUGCCGGAAGACCAUGGAGGAUGUCUGGGGAGAUAUUAGCCGCUCCAUCCCCAGGGAUCAUGACCCCGUCUCUAUCUCCGGUGCGAUCCUCCAGGACUUCAUAUGGAGCCCUUUCCAGAGGAACUGGGCCUUCGCUGGUGUGAAAGACUCAUCCUCCGUAGUGGCAGUGGCAGCUCCAUUCGAUUGUCCGGCUUCUUGCUUGAGCUCGAACUCGAACUCGAACUCGGGUUGCCCCAAGGCGACCAGGCCCGGCUCAGCCCCAUACUUGGACGGGUCUUCAGGCCUGAACGCUCAUUGCCAGAAACGGGGGCUGGAAACGAAGGAUGAGUCCUGGGACCGGAGGCACAAGAGGCUGAUCAAGAACCGGGAGUCCGCCGCCCGCUCCCGGGCCCGGAGACAGGCUUACACGAUAGAACUGGAAUUGGAGGUCGAACGUUUGAGGCAAGAGAAUGCUAAGCUCAGAAAACAGCAAGAAAAGUUGUUCCUGCAACUAGCACCCGCUUCAGAUCAGAUUCCCAAAAAGAACAGGCUCCAUAGAACCUUAACAGGCGAUAUAGUUCAACCGAACCGGAAGAGCACACGGACGAUGCCUCGUUCAUCCAGUGUGAAAGAAAGGAGCCAGGACAAAGAACCAUAUUGAAACCCUCGGGUGGACUGGCUGCAGAAUGGAUCAUAUGCCUUAGUAGAACAUCACUCGUCAUAUGGUUUUUCAGGACGAUGUACCUCGUGUGUGUUUGUGCGCGUGUGUGUGUGAUAUUUUUGAACUUCUGCUAUGUGACCAUGACAUGUCGUGUCUAUGCAUGUUAUUGGUGGGCAGGGUAGUUGUGAGGGUAUAAGUGCUCGGUACGACGAAAAGAGGAUAAAGAAAGAAAAAUCAAUCACGUGGCAAAAGUGAUCGCAUCUCCAUGACUUGGAUUGAUCGCAAGAAACAAUAUUCAGUACAAUAAUCUAUAUACGAUCCGAGAUUGAAAGAGAUUCUGAAUUUGAUAUUUUUUAGUUGAGAA